AAACACACACCGCCAGUCUUUUGUGAACAACAAUAGCGUACGGUCCGGUCGGUUGGUUGUUCAAUUUGUUGUUGCUAUUCUGUUUACAAAUAAAAAUAAACAGACACUCAACUACCGAAAGCGACGUGUAUUGUCAUCUGAAUUAUCUAAUUGAGUAUCUUUAUUCCGCCACUUUACUUAGCUGCAAUUAAAUGUACAAUAGUUUCCCAUUUAGUGGAUUGUGUGUUGAUGUUGUUGUGAGAUGAUCGCCACCUGAACAGACUAAAUUAUUUGAGAGACUCUGCUACUGAUUAUUUCGAAUAUUAAAAAUAUUAGGAACGUGUAGGCCCAUAUGCCGGAGAAGAUAAUAGACGAACAAAAUUGACACAACUGCUGUGCAUGUGUGCGUGCUUAAUAACUAAUCUUUGGACUUGAAAAUCUUCUCUGGUUUAUCAAUAUUUUUAUGAUUUGUUUUGCAUAAUUGCCCGCAAGCAAAUGAAUUGUCAACGUCACUUGAAAAACGUCCAGCAGUAAAUGAAGAACUUCGACGCGUAACGAAACGAAAGCCCUACAAAAACAACAAUCUCUUCGCCUAAGUUAAAAAUCUAAAACAAGACAUGAAAGCUGUCAAAAAUAAAUCUCGCCUGCUAUUGGGUUUACGUAAAGCCCCCGCAGAUUUACACAGUGCAAAGUUCAUCCAUUACUAUGGACCGACCUAUGUGGACAGUGCCAUCUAUGAUUUGGAAGAUUUUCAAACAAUUUUGAAUGAUGAAAAAUUUGAUAAAUCGAAAAACACCGUCCUCUAUUUACAUGGCUAUUUGGAAAAUGUGGAUGUGGAAAGUAUCCAUGUCAUUGUGGAUGCCUACAUGAAGCGAACGGACACCAAUCUCAUUGUUUUGGACUGGGGUGAGCUGGCCGAUGGCAAUUAUGCCUUUGAUGCUGUGGUAAAUGCCAAGCAGCUGGGUCCGGUAUUGGCAAAAAUUUUGCUGCAACAAUUCGAUAAUGGCUUGGAUAUUGAAAAGUUCCAUAUAGUUGGUCAUUCGCUGGGCGGUCAAAUGGCUGGAAUUAUUGGCCGGGAGAUCUAUGCACGCAGUAAGAAGACCAAAAAAUUAAAAAGAGUCUCCGCCCUGGAUCCGGCAUUCCCCUUGUUCUACAUGACAGUGGGCAUGGCCAAACACUUGAGCCGCCACGAUGCGGAAUUUGUUGAUGUCAUACACACCGAUGCCUGGCUAUAUGGGGCUCCGUUUAGUACCGGCACAGCUGAUUUUUGGCCAAAUGCUGGGAAAACUCUUCAACCCGGCUGUCCCAAGAGGAAUUAUCGCAUGUUAAGCGACAAUGAUUUAUCCAGUCAUCGUCGUUCCUGGUGGUUUUGGGCCGAAAGUGUAGCCAAUGAAUACCCGGUGAAAUUUAACUGUGUUAAAGCCAAAGACUGGUCUGACUUUAAGGUUGGCAAACUCAUCAAUGAUGACAGGGAACAUGUUGUCAUGGGUCACGAUUGUCCCACAAACAUAUCCGGUGAUUAUUUCCUGCAAACGAAUGGCUCGAAGCCUUAUGCCCGCGGUGUCCAGGGUACAUACUAUAUUGAACCGAAGGAUCUGCCGGGUUAUCUGUAUGUCGAAGAUGAUUUGGCCACAUAGUUUUUUAAUGUGCUUUUGUUUUUACGAAAUUUGUGUAUAUAGAACAUUACGAAUUUGUUAAUAGUUUUUUAUUUUAGAAAUGAGUUUAUAUUAAUUUUUGAAAUGUUUUUGUAAAUAAGCAUAGUUUUUUAUUUAUGAACAGCUCAGCUCAUGUAAUCUAAUGUUUUACUUUUAUAUUUUAAUAAAAAAAGCUAAGGCUAAAAAUGAAAUGAAAUGAAUUAAAA